AUGUCGAACUACGUGCAAUUGGAGAAGCUGGGAGAGGGCACAUAUGCUACAGUGUUCAAAGGAAGGUCACGCACGACGGGUGAGACCGUAGCUCUGAAGGAGAUUCACCUGGACGCGGAAGAAGGCACGCCCUCUACAGCAAUUCGCGAAAUCUCUCUGAUGAAGGAGCUGCGUCACACCAACAUCGUCAGGUUGCACGACGUGAUCCAUACAGAGAGCAAAUUGAUGCUCGUCUUCGAAUUUAUGGAGCAGGAUCUCAAAAAGUAUAUGGACAUUCAUGGAGAGAGGGGAGCGUUGGAUCCUACAACUGUAAGGAGUUUCAUGUUCCAAUUGCUCAAGGGCACCGCAUUCUGCCACGAAAAUAGGGUGCUCCACCGAGACCUCAAGCCUCAGAACUUGCUCAUCAACAAGCGCGUGAGUAUCUGGCCAUGACUGGUGGAGAAAGCCACACAGCUCAAAUCACACCCAACGUAACCUCAGGGCGAGCUCAAGUUGGCAGAUUUCGGCCUCGCCAGAGCAUUCGGUAUUCCGGUCAACACGUUCAGCAACGAGGUGGUUACGCUAUGGUACAGGGCUCCAGACGUUCUGUUGGGUUCGCGAACGUACAGCACAUCCAUCGAUGUAUGGAGCGCGGGAUGCAUCAUGGCGGAAAUGAUCUCUGGAGUGCCGCUGUUUAGAGGUAGAGACAACAGCGACCAGCUGAAUCAAAUUUUGAGAAUCUUGGGCACGCCGGACGAGAUCACCAUGAAGAGACUGCAAAACGAUUCGGUAAGUAAAGGGCGUGAAGGUCAGCUCGUGUGACCGGACGCUGACGCGCAAAGAUCACAUGCGCAUACAUAGCCCGAAAUCCAGGUGCGCCCCCUCCCACGCACUCCUCGAGUGCCUUUCCAGCAGCUCUUUCCUAAAGCGCAUCCCCUCGGUAAGUAUCUCGCGUGUCGCGAAGAAGCGAUGUCUAGCUCUGAUGCUGGUAUGCACCACGCCCACGGCAGCCAUUGACCUGCUGGACAAGCUUCUCAAAUUCGACCCAACGCAACGCAUCUCUGCCGACGAAGCUCUGAGGCACUCUUACUUCACUACGAGCUUGGCAGUGCAGGGACAGGGUGGCGCUCCUCAACAAGCUCAACAAAAUUACCUUCAGCAGGGUCAACCGGGACAAAUGCAGCCUCAAAAUGGACAAUGGACGCAGGUGAGUUACAGUUGUAAGGUGAUUGCCUUCAGGAGUGUCGUUGACCUUCCAAUCCUUACCUUCUGCCCACGAGGGCGCACAACGACAGGUCCAACAACCACAACAGCAAGUCUACAUGCAAUGA